UGGAUUCUGUCCCCGGACCGUAUUUAAGCCUCAGCCCUCACCGUCCGCGCUGAAUACGAGACGUUUUGCAGGCACCAUUCGCUUCCAGCGUCUCUUCCUUCUGUCCCGCCUCUGGAGACCCAGCAAGCUGAUGAACAGAGACAUUUGCAUCCAUACAUGGCCAUGCUCUUAUUACCUGGAACCUGAGAAACGAUGGAUCCCUGGCAAACUUUCAUUGACUUCUACUUUGCUAAAAUUUUUGGCUGAUAAGAAUGGAGAACUACUGGUCAGCUUACCCCUUUCAAGCAUCAGUGAGAUUAAAAAAGAAUCUUCUCACUUAAUCUUUAGCUCUAUCACUAUUCUGGAAAAGGAGCACUUGAAGCACUGGUUCAGUUCCUUCCAGCCUAGCCGGAAUGUGGUCUUCAACAUCAUUGAGCAUUUCUGGAGAGAACUACUGUUGUCUCAACCAGGAGCUCAGGCAUCAUCUCCCCAAAUGACCAAGGGGAAAGAACUGACAGGCUUAAUGGCCUCUUCCCAAAAACGGUUAGAAGAUACAGCUAAGGUCCUUCAUCAUCAGGGUGAGCAAUUUGAUAACAUCAUGAAAGGACUGGACAAGAUUGAAUCUGAUAUGGAUGUAGCUGACAGAUUACUCACAGAACUUGAAGCUCCUUCUUGGUGGCCUUUUAGUACCAAACUCUGGAAAAGUCCAUCUGAAACAAAACCCAAGGAAAGUGCUUCAGUGCCUAGUCCUGAGGCUGUUGGAAAAUCAGGGGUGAUAAUAAAAAUUCCAGCAAUUAUCUCACAAAGCACUGAGUUGCAUGCUAAACCUGGAAAAUUUACUGUCUUUGUUUCUGGGUUGGAAAUCAGUGAUUCUAAUUCUCAGCUUCUGCACAGAUUUGAAAGGGAAGAUGUAGAUGACAUUAAAGUUCACACCCCUUAUGAAAUCAGCAUACGCCAGAGAUUUAUUGGUAAACCAGACACAGCCUAUCGACUGUUGUCAGCAAAGAUGCCAGAGAUUAUCCAAAUUUUAGAAGUACAAUUCAGCAAGAAAAUCGAGUUUUUAGAAGAUGCAAUGGUGUUCCAAAGCACAAGAGACUCACCUCAAGCAGAAAAGGGCACUUCCAUCUGGCGUGCAGCAUCCGGACUAAUAGAAAGUGUGGUGCAUCCUGGACCUUCCCUCAGAAGUGGAGAAAGCAGUCAGAUCCAGUUACAGAUGAAUCAGCAGGUUUCUGAAGAAGAAGCUCAAGAACUAAGACAGAUCUUGAAGAAACUGAAAAGCAUUGCUCUAGACACUGAGACAGAACUAGAGAGACAAGAUGAAGUCCUUGAUGGCCUAACAUCCUCAGUGGAUCGUGCAACCCUGACUAUCGACAAGCAGAAUCGCAGAAUGAAGAAACUAAUGUAGAACCUCAGGGAGCCAGCUGAUGGUUUGGUGGUAAUAUGAACUCUCAGGAGGGAGAAGUGACUUUAUUUUUAGGAGAAGCAAUUAUCUUUAUAUAAGUCGUGCUCUAAUUGUUUCUGUAGUCUUCAUUUCUAGAGAAGACACCAUGGAAUAAUUUCCAGGAUUGAAUGCAUGUUUGGAAAUCCUCUCCCAGCAACAAAAAAAGGCAAAAACUUUAAUUAUAAUGGAGUGAUUUAAGUCAGAUAUCUGCUGCUAAGAAUCCUAACAGACAGUGUGUGUCAGGGAUAUUAAUGACUUUCACUAAAGAGAUUUCCAUGCACUGAA